CCCUCGCUGACAACCAACGGACAAGCGACUCCGAGCUUUCGGCUGAGCCCCGGACCCAGACCCAGACAACGAUAACGCUCCCCCCCGCCCCGCGAACCUCGCGAAUUCUGCUUCCAACCCCUGCCUCCCCACCAGGACCCUGACAACAAUUCCAUCUAUACCCCCCUCCAGUCCCAAAAGGGAGAAACCGCUUUCAAGGCAUGGAGAAGGUGACCUUUGACCGUUGACCCUGAAGGGCCGGCAAGAAGCAGCGGAGUUGCAGGUUACUGUCAAUUUCAACAGGAACAGUUAUCAAAAUGCAAGAAAAGCGAAAUGUUCAGAUAAUCGAAUGGGAUGACUUGGACAAGAAAAAGUUCUACUGUAUUGGUGUUUUAAUGACUCUGUCUUUGCGACUUACAGUGUAUCCAGCUGCACUAAUUAGGACAAGGCUUCAGAUACAAAAGGGGAAGAGUUAUUACCACGGCACUUUUGACGCAUUCCUUAAAAUCCUACAAACCGAAGGCAUACGAGGACUUUACAGGGGGUUCCUGGUGAACACAUUGACCCUAAUCUCUGGCCAAGGGUAUAUUACAACCUACGAGCUGGUACGUGUCUACGUGGCCAACUACAGCAAUAGCAAUGCUAUUAAGUCACUUGUAGCAGGAGGCACCGCAUCUCUUGUGGCACAGAGCAUUAUCGUGCCUAUUGAUAUCAUAUCGCAGCACCUGAUGAUUGCAGGCCACAAAGAGCACCUAGGCAGGUUCAAGCUGUCAGCAACUGAAGGAAAAUACAAACAAGCAUUCGGACAAACUCAGGAAGUUAUCACUCAGAUUUUCAGGCUUGACGGCCCAAAAGGAUUUUACAGAGGAUAUUUAGCUUCUUUGAUGACGUAUAUUCCUAACAGUGCCGUGUGGUGGCCUUUUUAUCACUUCUAUGCAGAACAGCUGUCAAAAUUGGUUCCCAAUGAAUGCCCUCAUUUGGUCCUCCAAGGAAUUGCUGGACCACUGGCAGCAGCCACAGCAUCUACACUUACCAACCCAAUGGAUGUGGUCAGGGCUAGGGUUCAGGUGGGGGGAAGGGCCUCGAUAAUUGGAGCUUUUGAGCAACUUCUAAGAGAAGAAGGUCUGUUGGGCCUGACCAAGGGAUUGUCAGCACGCAUCUUAUCCUCUGCUCCAGCAACUCUCCUCUUGGUGAUUGGUUACGAAACACUGAAAAAAAUAAGUUUGAGGCAAGAGCUAGUGGAAUCUCGACACUGGUAGCUGCCUUUGAGCUAGGAUCUAAUUGCAACAAACAGAUGCAAGUUUCUACAGUGGCUAUUAAUGCAUAGUUAUAAAAGUUUGGUCACCUUGUACGUGAACAUACUGUCUGAAAUUUUAAACUUCAGUGAUGAUGCAGGUACCGCAUUAAGGCAAAGGACCUUAUUCUAAAAAUUACCUUUCUGUUUUUUGGUUUAAGAGUAUUAAUUAUGGAAACAUCUGGCAGUCCAUUGAUAGAUUUUGACUUUAAAAGCUUGGGAUUUGUUGGAGAAGAUUUUAAGUUGCAUUACAUAAGGCUGCUGCACUACCUGUAAGACUGGUGCUGAUAGAAGUUGGUAAUGAGUUUAGGAGAUUUCUUGGCACGAAAUGCCAGCAUAUUGGUCUGAGUGAAAUUGCUGCACUUGUAGCCUCCCUACUAUAUCAAUGAAAGUAGGCUAAAGCUGCAUUUACACUAUAAGCCAGGAACAGAAUGGAUUACCCUUUGAGGUUGUUAUACAAUUUGAAGCACUGGCUUGUGCAGACUCCUCAAAGUUCAUUUCGUUGCUCUGUUUACACAGAUAUUUUAGAGGCUAAAACUGGUGUUUAAAUGCCUCACAGUGUUAUUCAAGCACCUCGGAUCACUUUUACUUUAAAGGCCAGAAUAGACUCUGUGUGUUUAAUGAAAAUUAAUUUAUAUUUAUUUGAUGGUUCGUAAUGUACUUGUGAGUAACUGUAUUAGCUUUAUAAAGCUUUUGCUUCUGACAGCUACAAAUCAAAACAAAAUGGCAGCUUCAGUAUGUCUCAUUCACGUUUUACAGAGACAGUCAGGACCAGGUCUAAUUUGCAGGUGACACAAGUCACUGAACAGGGGUCAUUGGACCAGAGCUGUAAUUGAGACCCCAUUUUAAAAGACACAUUUUGUCCUUUUUAUUCUCAUUAUAAAUUCCAGUGCUAAUAUUUAUAAUGGGAAGUACCUGUCACAUGGUAAUUAUACUUUCCUGUCGGUGCUCAAAAUUACAUAGAAUUAACAGAACAGAAGCACAUCAUUCUGCCCAACAGUGCCUAUGUUUCACACAAACGUCCUCCCACUGAAUCUUCAUCUCACCCUGUCAACAUCCCCAUAUUCUUUGUCUCACAUAUAACUACCUAGCUCCCCAUAAAAGCAGAAAAUGUGACCUUGUUACAGAGAAGCCUACAAUAGUAAAAUGAAGAGAUGAACAAAGCCUAACAGUUUUAAUUGAUCUUCCCUGCAAUUGCACACAGGGUGUGAUGAGAAAGUAUAGUCUGAGGAGCAAGAAUACUGGAUAGGGGAAUAAAUGGUUUAGACCAAUGCAGACAGAAUUCAGUCCCUAUUUUAAAGUCAUAUGACCUCAUUCCUUAUUUUUCUAAUUGAAUCAUAAAUUUCUCUCUAUAUAUUUAUAAGGGUAACUGUCUUUGGAAAAAUAGUUCCCAGUUCUUCCUCCUCUCUGUGAAUCAUACAGCACAAAAUGAGGCCUUUCAGUGCAUUGAGUCUAUGCCAACUCUUUGAAAGCAUUAUCCAAUUAGUCCUACUCUCCCAACUCCCACUUUUUCCCCAAAGGUCUGCAAUUUUUUUUUUUUUUCUUUCCAAGUAUUUAAUUUCUUUAGGAAGUUAUGAUUAAGUCUGGUUUCACCACUCUUGCAAACCGUACAUUCCAUAUAUUAACAACUCCCUGUGUUUUAAGAUAACAGCUUCUAGUAUCUCCUCUGGUCUGUUGCCAAGUACAUUAAACCCGGUUACUGAAGAAAAGAAGAACUAUCAAAACCAAAUCAAAACUAUCAAAAGAUAUGAACAGUAUCUAAUCUUUCCCUUAAUCUUCACUGCUCCCAGAACAACCUCAACUUCUCUAACCUCUCCAUGAAACUGAUGGCCCUCACCUUUGGUGGUAAAUCCUCUUUGUACUCUAAGGCUGUGAUACCUGAAAUUUGGCGCCCAGAGUUGAACAAUAUACUGCAGCUAAGGCCUAACCUGUUAGAAGACACCAUGCACGAUAAAUCUACUCUGAUAAUAGUCUGUUUACCUCCCUCUGUAGCCUCCUCUAGCCCCAGAUUCCUCUGACAUAUCUGCCUUCCUCCUGUUCUAGCCUCUUUUUUUAUUCCCAGUUUCUUUGCUCUAUCACAGUUGAUGUUGCCACCCUAACCUAUCUUUUCAGAUAUUUGUUCAAGCCUAUCACUUUGAUCGCUCCUUCUGUGCUGAAUGUUAAUUUUUUUUUGUCUUGUCUACUGUCCUGCAAGGUCCCCUAGUUUGGAUUUAUAACAUUUAAAGAUGUUAUUUAAAUGCAGCUGUUUUGCAUUUGCCACCGCAACCUAGGUGAGAAGGUAUAAAUAGCAUAGGCAGUUCCCAUUAUGAAUGUGGGAAAAUUAACACUAUCGGAGAAUUUCAGGAAGUGCACAGGAUAUAGGAAAAUGGUGAGCAGGGAAAGGAACAGCUGGCCUAUUGAGCUUGUCCCACACUCUUGACAGCUGGAGAACUGUAGUUAAAUGCUUUCUAUUGGGCCAUUCUCCCUAUCAUGUACUCUCUGAUGCCUUAUGCUCCCUGAUGCCCCACCCUACUUAAUACCCACCCUCCCAUCAUCACUGACACCCACUGUCCCUAAUGCUCCAUCCCGUCCCUACUUUCCCAAGCUCCCCCAUCACCCAACCCUCACCAAACCCUAGACCCACUGCCAUGUUCUUUCCUGGGAAACAUGAGAAACAGCUAAGGGCGAAUAAUGAAAGUAUAAUGACCCAAUCCUCACCAAUCUGUCAAACUGAAACAAUCAAUCUAUAGGGUAUGCAUUUCAGCUGUUGUUAUUUUAUAGGCCUCUACUUGGAUGCCUCCAAGUCUAUGCUGCUCCAAAGUUAAAAACAAGUUUGAAUUGCUAUUACCAGAAUGACUAAGGCUCUUUGAAGUAGAAAUAAUACUUGUAGCUCUCAUCUGAACCUUUUCAAAGAGCAGUCUCACCAUCUGUGCGCACCAAAACUGGACAGAGUAAUUUCAAUGUGAUCUAACCAGUAACCUGUUCAGCCUUUUAGAUCUUCCCCAAGACAGCUCUAAGCUUAUUAUAUUAUCACAAAGUCAAUUUAUCUUAAGAGAUAGUAUAUGAGGGUGUCUAUUCAGUCUGAUGCCAUUACAGUUCAAACAUUCACUGAACGCUGUCUUUCGUAUGGUCUACUAGCAUUAAACAAAAUGUACUGUAGAUGGCAUGCAAAUCGAUCAUCGAAUCUUUGAAAAAUUCCUCCAAAAGUGGGUGUUAACUUGUAUGCUGAGUAUAAAAGUGAAGAGUGGCAGUGGGUGUUUGGCAUCUUUGUCAUUGUCUACUCUGUGUAGGUGUGUUUUAAGUACCCACACAUCUUUGCAAUGUAUUGCCUGCUUAAUCCUUUAUGCCCAGUGGUAUGGUACAGGAAGUAAAAUGCCCAUUUACAAACACAAACAACAUGCGUAUUAGGAUGAGGAGGAGGCCAUUCAGCUGCUCUAACCUGCUCGACCAUUUGCUAAGAUAAUGGCUGAUCUGAUUGUAUCCUCAACUCCACUUUUCUGCCUAUCCCCAACAAUGUUAGACCCUCUUGUUAGUCAAGAAUCUAUUCACCACUGUUUAAAAGGUAUUCAAAGAUCUACCUCCACUAUCCUCCAGGGAAGAGAGUUCCACAGCUUUGCAACCCUCAAAGAGACAGAAUUUCCUAAUUCGCAUUUAAUUGGGAGACCCAUUAUUUUUAAACUAUCACUGGUUUUAGUCACUCGUCCUCAAGGGAAAUCAUCCUUUCAGUAUUUGUCUUCUCAGAUCCCCUCAAGAUCUUGUAUGUUUCAAUAAGAUUACCUUUCCUCCUUCUAAACGCCAAAGGUCACAGGCCCAAAUUGCCCAAACUUUCCUCAUAAUAUAACCCGCAAUCCAGGUAUCAGGAAAGUGAACCCUCUCUGAUCUGUAUUAAACAUACUUGUAUCCUUUCUUAAAUAAUGAGACUAAAAAUGUACACCAUGCUCCAAAUGUUGCCACACUGCUUUCUCUAUCCGGCUGUAGCCAAACAUUCCCCCUUUCAUAGUCCAUUCCCCUCACAAUAAAUAAUGACAUUCCAUUAUCUACCUAAUCACUUGCCAUACCUGCAAGGUAAUGAUCUAUGAUUCAUGUACCAGAACACCCAAAUACCUCUGUAUGUCUAUGAUCUCUCACAAAUUCAUUGAAUUGUUGCUUUUCUAUUUUUUUAGCCAUAGUGAACGAGUUGAUAUUUUCCAACAACAUUGUACUCCAUCUAUCAAGUUUUUUUGAUUGUUCACUUCACCUAUCUAUGUUCCUUUGCAGACUUCAUAUGUCUUCGAAAUCUGCUUUCCUACCGAUCUUUGUCUAAUCAGAUAAUUUAGUAAUUUUACAUUUGGCCCCAUCAUCCAAGUCCUUUAUAUUGAUACUAAAUAGUUAAGGCUCCUGCUUGUGACAAGCCAUUUGUUGCACCUUACAACCUAAAAUAAAUUCAUUCAUGCCUAUCCUCUGUUUCCUGUUAUCCAACCAAUCCUCUACGAAUGCUAAUAAGUUAGUUCCUACUCCAUUAACUCUUAUUUUGCCUAGUAAUCUUUAACAUGGCAUCUUACCUUCUGGAAUUCAAAGUAACAUACAUCAACUGUGUCCCUUUUAUCAAUGUGUGUGUUGCUUCCUCAAAUAACUAAUAAAUCAGUCAAACAUGAUUUCCCUUUAAUAAAGCCACGCUGACACUGCCUGAUUGCAUUAAGAUUUUCUGCUAAUAAUAAUAAUAGAUUCCAGCAUUUUGCCAAAGUAAAUUGACUGAGUAUUGUUACCUGCUUUCUGUCUCCUUCUGUCCUUGUGUACAAUUGCUAUUUUCCAAGCUGAUGUGAUCAUUCCAGAAUCUACAGAAUUUUGUAAAAUAAAAAGCAAUGCAUCUACUAUCUCAAUUAACAACCUAGGAUGAAGACCAACAGGACUUGUCAGCUUUUAGUUCUAGUAAUUUUCUCCGUACCUUUUUCCUCGUGAUUGUAAUUGUUUUAAUUUUGCUCCCUUUGCGUUCUGGUUCAUCAUCAGAACUCUGAAAAGUCACCAUACUCAAAAUGUUAAUUCUGCUUUGUUCACACAGAGGCUGCCAGGCCUGCUAUGUUCCACCAGCAAUUUCUGUUUUUGUUUCUUUUCAUGCUGUAAUGUUUCUUGCUAACUUUCUUUCCUUUUCUUAGUUUCUCGCUAUUUAUUAAUCUUCUAGUCAUCCUUUGGGGUCUUUAUAUUCUGUCCAGUCUUCAGACCUACAACUCAUCUUCGUGAAAUUAUAUGCUUUCUAUUUAAGGUACAGACACAAUGGGCCAAAAUAGGACAGUAGUAGGCCAUUCAUGACCCCCGAGCCUGCUUCACCAUUCAACGUGAUUCCCCUACUGAUCAUGAAUCUAUCUAUCUCGGCCUUAAAUAUACACAAGGUCUCACAAAUGCCUUCUUGUGCACUGUUAUGAUUCUGUGAUAUUAUCUUUAACUUAUUUAAUUAGUCGCAAUGGUGCAUUAUUUCCCUUCUUACUGGAAUGUAUAUUUUCUGAGUAUUCUGAAAUAUCUCCUUUAAUGUCUGCCAUUAUGUCUCUGCUGAUUUAUCCUUUAACCUGGCUUCCUAGUUCACUUUAGCUAGCUCUCCUCUCUAUGCUCUCAUUAUUACUUUAUUUAAGUUGAAAACAUUAGUAUUAAGUCUACUUGUCAAAUCUAUUUGUAGAUUAAAAUCCUGAUUAUCUUAAAACCUUUCACACAAAAGCAUGUUAUUUCUUCGCCAUGUAUCACAUGCUGGAACAUAGUUGCUGUUAGCUCUAUAAACCACUCCGACAAGUAACUUCUGACCUUUACAGUUUCACGUCUCUACCCAAACUGAUUCCACAACUUGAUCUCCAGAACUAAGGAUCUCUCUCCCCUUCUGUCUCUGGACUGAUGCCAUAUUAAUUAGCAGAGCUACCUUUCCACCCCUAUUCAGCUUUCUGCCUUUCCUAAAUGUUAUGAGGUUGUUGACUUGCUCAUCGAGCUGGCUUGUUCUCGUUCAGACAUUUCGUCACCAUGCUAGAUGAUGUCAUCAGUGGA